GCAUAAACGACAAGAUGGCGACCGUAAGCGGCGCACUUUCUGCAGCCGAGAAGUCGAUGCGAUCUGUUUUCGUCGGAAACAUUAGCUACGAUGCGACAGAGGAGCAGCUGCGUGAGAUAUUCUCUGAGGCGGGACCCGUCCUCAGCUUCAAGCUGGUCUACGACAGGGAGACGGGUAAACCUAAGGGCUACGGGUUCUGUGAGUACCGGGAUCAGGAGACGGCCUUGAGCGCGAUGCGGAACCUCAACGGUUACGAGCUGAACAGCCGAACGCUGCGCGUCGACCACGCUGCCAGCGAGAAGAACAAGGAAGAGCUGAAACAACUGCAGCAGGCCCUCGGCGGACCGCGACUCGAGCUCUGCAUUCAGAACAACCCGAACGAGGCGCGGAACAUGCUGCUGCAGAACCCUCAGCUCGCCUACGCGCUGCUGCAGGCCCAAGUCAUCAUGAAGAUCAUCGACCCCAAGGUCGCCGUGGCGAUGUUGCACCGACAACGCGACCAGAUCCCCCCGAUCAUGCUCGACAGUAACUCAUCGGGCGAGCCGGCGCCGAAAAAACCCGCGCCCGCCUCCGCCCCCCAGACGGCGCCACCGCAGCAACAGCAGCAGCAGCAGCAGCAGCAGCAACCGAGCGAGGAUCUGAGGACGAGUCAUCGACGACAAGUUAUUUAUCAUUGUUAA